AUCCUUACAUUGCAAUUUUAUACCUAAAUAACCCAAAACAGUGGAAGAGACGAAAAAAAAAGGUGUGAAAUCUUGUGGUGUUGCCAUUUGCCAAUGCUUUUGCUUCGAUGUGCCACACUCAAUCCAAGCGAGCAAGGGUAAUAAGACCUAAAGUGGCCUCGACCUUUGUUUUCUUGGGCCUUAGCCGUAGGCCCAAACUUCUCUCGAGUCGUUCAUGGAGAUCCAUCAGGGACACGUGCCAUUAGUCUGUUUAGUUAUAAAUUUUUAUGUAUAGUUUGCAUUUAGGUUAGUUUGGAAUUAGAUUAAUGGUAUAAUUAAUUUAUGUUAUAUAUAAUGUUAAUUUUUGAGGGCCUCGCGGGAUCCAUUCGAACUUCCUCUGCCGACAAAAAAGAAAAGAAGAAGACGACGUUUAUAUGUGUAUCUCCCCAGCUAAGUGGAAUCAGAGCGUGUAAAAAUUAUUCAUCGGUGCGAGUUCUCUCUAACCUUUGUUUGUUUGUUCAUGGUGGGCUCUGGUUUCCUCUUUUAGAAGAAAAUUGUUAGGGCGAGAAGAAAAAAAUUGAAUAUAGAAUGAAUAUCUCUUUUUAAGGGUUUAUGGUUUUGCUGCUCUAACCUUGGAUUUUAGUGUAUUGUUUUUGUUCUUCAGUAGUUGAAAUUUCGAAGCACUAGCAUAAGAGAAUGGGAGCAGAAGAAGUGGAGACUGCUGACUUAAGCGACAAAGCUUUGGUGUCUGCCAUUAGAGAGGUCCUUGCAUCUGCCCAAAGUGGGGAUACCGAUCAAUAUAAUGAGCUUGUUCAGUUAAUGUACAUCAAAAAGAAGAAAUCUGGUGACGAUGCUAUGGCACAGCCAGAGGUGCCUGAUGAUGUCGAUGUUGUGGCUCAGCGAGAGACACUCUUGAAAAUUCUAUCACACUCUGUUGCUUGCUUAGAUGACGUUCACCAUAACCACCUUCUUCAACUUAUUCUUGGAACGAGAAUUUGGGAUCACAAACCUAAUGUAAUAUAUGCAUUGCUGGACUUAAUCAUAUCACUGGCCACUACUAGUGGAAAGCAUCUGAGCUCUUGUUUAGAUACGCUCGUCUCUAAUUUACGUUCGCAACCCCGCAAACUCGACAAUAAGAUGCUGGAAGUUCUUUCCAGGGUGCACGCAGCUCUUCACAAGAUUUCUUAUUUAGUUCCCCUUGCUCCCUCUAUAUUACUGCCCAUACUCGCCCAGAGUAUGCCUAGCGUACACGACAAAGCUCGCUUGCAGGUUGUAGUGCCAUAUGUGAAGAACUUGUUGAAGUUGGAGAACAGCUCAAUCAUCGGAAAAGUUGUUGGCAAGGAUAUUCUUAUGAUGGUGAUGGGGAGGUUCCGAGAUCUCGAUUCGGAGAUUGAGUGCGAUGAUAAUCUCCAAAAUGACUCCAGUCUAGCAAUGUUUGAUAUGGAACUUGACGUUGCAGUUGAAGGCACUCUAGUUUCUAAAUUGUUGGACGAUUUAAUGGUCGAAUCUUUUAAUCAUCUUAAAUCUUGUCAAGAUGCUGGUCGUCUGGAUGAGGUGUUUGAAAAUCUCUUCGAGUCGUUUGAGAACUUAAUUCUGAACACGCAAAAAUUAAAAUUUUCACAGUUCCUGAUGUUCUAUGCGUGCUCACUAGAUCCUGAAAAUUGUGGUGUGAAGUUUGCCAGUAAGCUGUUGGAAAAAUUUCUCUCCAGCAACAACAAUCAAGUUACUAGGACGAAUGCAGUGACAUAUCUAGCUAGCUACUUGGCUCGUGCAAAUUUUUUGUCUGCUUCUUUUGUGGCUAGCAUGUUAAAAAGAUUGGUGGAUGAGUGUGCUGAUUAUUGCAGAACAUGCAAUGAUGAUGCUAGGCCUGAAGUACACCAAGUUUUCUAUUCAGGAUGUCAGGCCAUUUUAUACGUGCUAUGCUUUCGAAUGAGAUCAAUCCUAGAGGUUCCUCACUUCCAAUCACAGCUUACACCAUUGGAGUCAGUUUUGUCUCACAAACUAGACCCGCUGAGGGUAUGCCUUUCAUCUGUAGUUUCUGAGUUCCUUAUACAAGCCAAAGCCUGUGGCCUGUUCAUUGUCUCCGACGCCUUCAUUUUUGAUGACCUAUCCGAGUCUGAGCUCUCUCGUGCUUUAGGUGGCUUCUUCCCAUUCCCGUGGUUGUUGGAAAAAUCUAACAGCUUAAUCUCUCCGCACUUCAUCAAACGGUCAGAGGUGAAAAAGACUUACGAGCAAGCGGAAGUGACAGUGUAUGGAGAUACAGACAAUGAGGAGGACUCUGAUGAUGACGUUGAUCCUGAUAACGAGAUGAACAAGAUGUCUAUAACUCCUAAACACUCAGUCAUGCACGAAACAGAGAGACUCCUGAAGAUGCCUUCGAGGAUCAGUCCAUCAACUAGUCCUCGUGAAUCCCUCUGA